AUCAGUUUCCCAUCGAACAGUCGUAAACUAAACAUUAUCAAAAAUGAAAAUGAUUGUACUCGCCGUCGCCGCCCUCGUGGCCGUUGCCCUCGCCGCGCCCGCGGAGCAGGAGCCGCCUAAAAUUCUGCGUUCGGACUUUGAGGUUCAGCCUGACGGUGGAUAUGCUUACGCUUAUGAAACCGAAGAUGGCAUUAAAAAGGACGAGAAUGGUGAGCUCAAAACCGUGAAUGACGAGGAGAACAAACCCCACGAAGUUGUAGUGGUGCGCGGCUCGUACAGCUACACCGACGCAGAAGGCAAACCCCACACCGUCACCUACUACGCUGACGAGACCGGCUUCCACGCUGAAAGCGAAGACAUCCCCAAGGCACCAGCCCAGUCCUAAGCUUUCGACGUAGACAACCAAACUCUAGUUACCUUGAGCUCGUUCUGAUUUUAAUGUCUUGUUCUAAAAUUGUUGUGGAUUUCAUCUGUCAGCAGUCAAAAGUCACAUUUCUUGACCAAAAUCUGCUGUAGUGCAAAUCUAAUACAAUUUCAGAACAAAAAAUCAGAAUCGGGCCCCUAGUUUAGACAUAUUUAUAACAUCGUUGGGACGCGAGCGCCGCAUCCGCUUCGCGUUUUUUUCAAUUGCUUUGUUAUUUUGAUGCGCACUGCCAUGUUUUUUUUUACGUUUAUACUAUUUUUUGUUAUAAUAUAAUGUAAAUAAAAUUGUUUACGAAAAAAUAAA